AUGGCCACCGCCACUCGUCCGAAGGCGCCCAUACACACAAGAUCAAGUCCACUGCUGUCUACCCAUGUUCCCUCGCCUUUUCCUCAUGAACAGCUUCGACAAUUGCAGGCCGAUGACUCUUUCGUUUCGGAGGAUUUUUUUGUUUCGUCUGAAGAGCAAGUGGCAGAACCUCCACAAGCUGCAGAGUCCGAAAGCGACUCGCGUGGCAUACCUGGCGACGUAAUGCCUUCAAUUGCGUUGGUUCAAAGGUCGUGCUUGAUGACAUUAAACAACUUGUUAUCCGUCCCAACGGGGUGGAAUCCCAUUGUUCCCGACCGUCGACACUCCAUGCCAUCCAGCCCACACAAUACCACAUUUCCACAAGGCGAGGCUGAAUCAUCGUCCUCUGCCUUGCAUACCCUUGUCAUCAAUCUUCGAAAUCGUGGCAGGGACGAUGAAAUGAUCGAGGCCCGUGAUUCCGUCAAUGAUUCUGAUCUCAUCAAUGAGCUUAAGACACGGGUGAAAUCCAUCUCAUCUUCCUUGCAGCCCAGUGAAGCGAUUCUUGCGAAAUCUCUCGUCUCUUUACUGUCAAACCUCAACAGACUCUCUGUUAUUCAAUCAGGCAUGCACCUAACCACUCUUGAAACGCCCGAGCCAGAGUCUUCCCGCCAAUACGACGAACCCCCUCCAAUUGAUCAUUUUGACGCACUCAAGCGUCAGCUUAAUGAGUUGCAGACAGAACGUCUUGUCUCUCAGGGUGGAAUGUCCACUCCGGGCAUACCUACGACCCUUGAGGUCGAAGUUUCCUUGUUAUGGACAAGAAUCGAUCAAGAGCUCGAAACCGUAGUCUCAAUGUGCAAAGAGCAUACGGAGAACCUUCCGAGAUUUUUCCAAGAUAAUCUUCCCCCUCAAUAUGACUAUGAGGACUUUGAUUUGGAAAGUCCGCCCAUUUACGAGCCUGGCGGUCGUAGCUCAAUAGAUGACGGCAAGGGUAAGACGGCACAAUACCAGCCUUCGUCUAGCACACGUCAGAGCGACGAGAAGAUGCGGUUAGACCUAGAGGCCAUUGCAAUGGCGAUUGACAGACUCUACCUUGUUGCGCCGCAGCUUCACAAUCAGCGAGUCGAGCUCAAAUCUUCGAAGCUCGUUCAGAUGGAGAAAGCUCGACAACAAGGCGUUUCGCGGAGUAGCAAAGGAAAGGAAAGGAAAGGGACGUGA